CAACAACGAAGUGGAGUAAUUUGUAGUGCUGUGAAAAUUAUCUGAAACAUUUUGGGACGCAAGGUAACUAAAAAGGAUAAAUUAUUAUCACACAAUCAUUGCUAAUUAAUUCCAAACUCGAAGUUAUAACAACAAUAUAAAAAUGGCGAUGAUACUUCCUGAGUUAUAUGCAAAACUAUCCACCAAUAAUGUAAACAUUACAAAGUCUCUUCUAAAGAAAUACAAAAAUUUAUUAAAUUUCAAAAAGAAUCCAUCAAUUCUAGAAUUCGGCUUCGCUAGUGGUGAGAAUUCAAAACAGACUCUACAGCCUCUACUUCCUCAUGAUUAUAAGGAGUUUGUAGCGGUGGAUAUCUCUGAACCUAUGGUGGAACGAGCUCGAAAAAACGCAAAUAUUCCAAGAAGCAAAUUUUAUUGUUUAGAUACGUCAUCACCGGACUUACCAGAUUUGUUCCAAAAUCGAUUCGAUAAUGUAUUUAGUAUUAUGACAAUUCAUUUAAUAAAUAAUCCAAAACAGACGUUUAAAAACACAUUUAGAAUGCUCAACGAUGGUGGUGAAACCUUCCAAACCUUUUUUAAACACACUCCCUGCGACGAAGUAUUCCUAAAAUUGAGCAGAGCAUCCAAGUGGGGAAAGGCACAAUAUAACCAAAAAAAGAUGUUGCAUCCUUAUUACGAUAAACCAGAACCUAAAGAAUAUAUUACAGCAGAUCUAAAAGCAGCUGGUUUCCAGAAUAUUAAAUAUAUGGAGGAAGAUAUGCCAUAUAAUUUUGAAAGUGAAGAAAGUUUAAAAGACUACCUGAGUCACAAGUGGCAAGGUCAUUGUCUAGCGGUUGUUUUGUUAUUGGAAGAAGAAGAAGAAGGCGGAAGAAGUUGA